UAUGAACACGCACCGUACCAUGAAAUAAUGUCAAAUGAAUAAUCGACAACGUUUGAUAUUUCGCGAAAGUUUCUGAAAAUACAUUAUAAUUUUUGAUACAUAAGAAAGUUUCAUUAACAAGCUUUCCUGUUUUCUGUGCUAGUACGAUGGAGACACCCGGGGCUCCUUCAAAGCAGAAACGACGCCCCCGAAAGUAUAAACCAAAGCAAGCUUUGGUUCAAGAAGCGAUCGUGCAGCAACCGAUUUCUCUUCCGACAACACCUACUCAAAGUCGAUCCAAGUCAACUACGACGAACAAAGAAAACAUUCAGAACACAACACAGGGUAAUAAUAACGCAAGUAAAAGGCGUCGCAAACGAAACAAAAACAAGAGUACAGAGUCCACAGUAGAAACGGUUAAACCAAUAUUACUGGAAGAUAUUUUUCCUGCUUCGCACAUCUAUAACUUGGAAAAUCAAGCAAUACCAAGAAAGGGUACAGUUGGUUCAGUUCAAAGCAUCGUAAUUCCCAAGCAACAAUAUCGUCAAUCAGUGUCAACCAAGGUUGCUGUUGUUGAUAUUGCCACAGAGCUAAUAUUUCCCAAUUCAAACGAAGCACAAUUCGAAACUAAUACCUGCUCUGUUAAAAAUAUUCCUGUGAAAGAUAUAUUUCCCACCUCAUCAGUGUAUGCCUUUACCGAUAAUGCUAUUCCUAGAAAACUGAAAUCAGCUAAGAUUGAACAACAAAUAAAGUGCAAUAAACCUUCAAUCACAUUUCCAGGAAUAGAAAACAUUUCUGUAGAACAGAUUUUCCCAGCUCUUCAGAAACAAAAUCCGCUGUCUGUUGAGAACACUAUGGAUCCUCCUAAGACGGAAAAGACCCGUGAGGAAAUCAUGGCCGAGCGUGAAGCCAAGAAGGCUGCUAAAGCUGCAGCAAAAGCUAAAAAUAAAGGAGACAAACCGAAACUGAACGAUCCCGCCUCCACUUCGCUACAAAAAUCAAACACAGACUCCAGUUUGUCCGAAAAGUUCUCAAAAAUGCAUAUCACAGAACAAGGGCACCCAAAAUCGAACGAUACAAAAUCUCGCAACGAGAACGACACAAUAACUAGAAAGUCUGAUGAAAAAGCACAAACUCCGAAAUUGGUAUCUGAUAGCGUAAAAGCUGAAGUCAAAGGGCCACUCAAGACAGGAACAACAAAAGCCGAACGGAGGGCUCUACAGGAAGCACAGCGGGCAGCCAAAGCAGAAGCUCAGACGAAAAAAACGGUUCCAUUAGUUAAAGAAAAAUCCAAUUCUGAACCGAUUUCCGUAAAGGAUUCCACACCCAAGAAAAUUGUAAAAAAAUCCACGAAAACGACAGACGUUGCUCAACAGCCCCACAUGGUUAAAUUGUUUAAUCACCUGUACACGAAAAAAAUCGCUGCUUCUGAAGUUGUGAAUUCAACUCAGCUCCAUCCAGCCAUCACCAAGCUUGGGCUGCAGUAUGCUGAUGGUUACAUAGCUGGUUCGAAGGCUCGGUGUCUAGCAUUCUUGAAAGCAUUAACGCAAAUGAUUCAGGAUUAUGAAACACCUCCGGAUAAAGAGUUUUCCCGAGGCUUCGAGGAGGCAUUGAUCCCGAACAUUGCGCAUCUACAAAAGUGCCGUCCGUUCUCCGUUUCGAUGACCAAUGCUCUCAAGUAUAUCAAAAUGUAUUCGCGACAACUGAACUCAAAGGAUCCCGAUUCCGACCAAAAGGAGUUUCUUCUAGAUGCCAUCGAUACUUACGUUCGGGACCAGAUAGAAAAGGCCGAGGAGGCAAUUAGCAUAUCCGUGCAGGAGAAAAUCUACGACGGUGAUGUGAUUCUCACCUAUGGCUGCUCUUCCCUGAUAAAACACAUCCUCGAAGAGGCCAACCGCCGACAGAAAACCUUCCGGAUCGUCAUCGUUGAUUCUCGUCCUCGCAAUCAGGAGCACGAAAUGUUACGCCAACUGGUGGCACAAGGAAUCGAAUGUACCUGCGUACUUAUAAAUGCAAUCAGCUACGUAAUGCCCGAGGUCACGAAGGUUUUACUGAGUGCCCAUGCUCUACUGGCAAAUGGGUGCGUCAUGUCACGCGUCGGAACGGCACAGAUAGCACUGGUGGCCAAAUCCUGUAACGUUCCGGUGCUGGUGUGCUGCGAGACCCACAAGUUCAGCGAACGCGUGCAGACCGAUGCAUUCGUGUAUAACGAAAUUGGUAAUCCCAACGAUCUGAUAUUGAACUCAGGCACACGGGAAAAUAGGCUACACAAUCCUCUUGCGGAGUGGGAGUCGAUUAGCAAUCUGACACCGUUGAAUUUGCAUUAUGACGUAACACCGCCGGAGCUUGUGACUGCCGUCGUGACAGAGGUGGCCAUUCUUCCUUGCACUAGUGUUCCGGUCAUAUUACGCAUCAAACCGUCGGAAGUCGGAUACUGAAAAACUAAAAAGUAGUUUUUCGAUCCCCUUACAGAUAAAUCCCGUACUUAUAGUUUAUGAAAUUUAGGCAAGGGAUGUCUGAUGCUUUUGGUGAAAAAAAUGACUUUGAAAAUAAAACUUGAUUUUCGAACAUGUUCAUAAUUUAUUCCUAGUAUUUUUCAUAUUUUAAUAUAACGGAUAUUCAUUGAA